UUGUUUAUUUUGUUUGUCUUGAAUCGUUUAUAUUCAUGUUUAAAUUGUUUCCUUUUAUUAUUUUUUUUUCAUAAACAAUCAAAUAAAAAAUGGCAACAAUUUUAAUUUUAUUAUAUUAUAUAGGCCAACAACAUUCAUUUGUAUUUUCUAUGGUUAAUAACGGUGCUUAAUAUGUCGUCAUGACUCGUCGACCACCAAUCCACGAUGAACACGUAAUCAUUCAAUUCAUCGAAUUUAUGAAUAAAUUUGAAAAAAUUUCAAUAAAUUGCAUUCAAAUCAAAUUUUGAAGCCAGAAUUUUCAUUAUUUUUUUUUGUUUUUAUUGUUAUCAAAAUUAUCAUACGGCAAAACCAUGAUUUCUUUCAAUGUAUUAUUGAUUUUAUCAUUCAUAUUGUCGGCAAAAAUUGUUUAUUCGCAAGAGGAUGAACUAUUAGUGGCUAAACUUUCAUAUUUUAAUGCGAAAAAAAUAAUUUCCAAUUUUAAAGCUGUUAUUGUAAAAUUUGAUGAAAGUUAUUCAGUGAACCCAGAUAAGGAUGCAGAGUAUAAAAUUCUUGCCGAAGAAUUACGUUUCAGUAUGGAUAUAUUUGUUGGACAUAUUGUCGUACCAUAUCAAGCUGAUGAUAUGGAUAAGAAUGAAAUGACCGAAGAACAAAAACUGGCCAAACAAUAUAAUAUUACUGGUCCUGAGAAUAUGCCUGUCAUAUUCCUGUAUCGUGAAAAAAAUUUCGAAAAUCCAAUUCGUUUUAAUGGAAAACAAUUUGAUUCCUAUACAUUACGUGAUUUCAUUCGAACCAAUGUUCCAGGAUUAUCAUUUCAAUUAAAAUCUUGUAUACCAGAAUUUGAUAAUCUGGCCAAAGAUUUUAUACGCGAUAAUAAAUCAGCUGAAAAACGUAAGAAAAUAUUAAAAAAUACUGAAAAACAAAUGAACAAUAUGAGAAAUGAAGAUCAUAAAAAUUCGGCAAAAAUUUAUGUAAAAAUAAUGGAAAGAAUUCUAGAACGUGGAGAUAUAUUUAUUGAAAGUGAAUUCGAACGUAUUCGUAACCUGUUGAAUGGUAAAUUAUCUGAUCAGAAAAAAGUUGAUCUCAAAAAUCGUCUGAAUAUUGUGGAUAGUUUUCGUUCAUUAUCCAUGACCAAAAUCGGCAAAGAUGAAUUGUAAUAAAAUUUACAACAACAAAAAAAUUUACUCAUUUCAUUUUUGAAUCGAUAGAUAAUUGUCUUAAUUUUGGAAAAAAAAAAUUUCAUUUUUAUUAUUCAAGUUUUAUUACUAAAAAUUGCUAGACAAAAAAUUUAAUAAAACAAACAAAACAAAAGUACAGGGAAUAUAUAAACUUUGCUAAUCUCAGAUAUAUAAGUGAUAUAAUUGUUAUAUAAUGAUUAAAAAUUGACUCAGUCCAUGAGUUUUUUUUGUUCAGAUGAUU